AAUCCUUCCGCGAAUAAAAAUAGAGUUGCUUGACGUUGCUAUCAGUCACGUCAUACAGUUAUUGGAAUAUACCGACAUUUAAGCAUAAUUUUAAGGCCUAUUUCACAUUUAUAUCCCAUAUUAUUUUAAUUGUAAACGUAACAUGUACACGUUAUACGCGGAUUAAUUUUCGCCGGGCGUUGUGUGUGGGGUUUUUGCUCGAUCCGCUGUUGACGUAGGCCGUCGUCCAAGCCAAGGCAAGGGGUAACUCUGUAUUGUUUUGAUUUGUAGGACUCACAGUCAUAUCCUUUUCCUGGAGCUUCAAAAGUUCAUGAGCGACAGGUUGCUGAUCAUUGAAGCAGAAGCGAGAGGCUAUGGACGACCAGACGGGGUCACCUGGAGCCAACACUGACAACAGCAGCUUGAGGAAUGGGGAAGAGAAGCCCCGGAGGUCCAGCUGGACCAAAGGGAGGAAGAGGAAGAAGCCGGUGAAGGACAGCAAUGCCCCCAAAGCCCCACUGACGGGAUACGUGCGCUUCAUGAAUGACCGCAGGGAGCAGCUGAGGGCUGAGAGGCCGGAUGUCCCCUUCCCCGAGAUCACAAGAAUGCUGGGUAAUGAGUGGAGUAAGCUGCCCCCGGACGAGAAGCAGGGUUACCUGGAUGAGGCUGAACGGGACAAGGAGCGCUACAUGCGUGAGCUGGAGAAGUACCAGAAGUCCGAGGCCUACAAGCACUUCACCAGGAAGCUGCAGGAAAAGCAGAAGGGCAAACCACACAGAGGAGAUGUGUCACGGCAGGCGGCCCACCAAUCCCUGCAUCAGAAGGACUCUGAGGGGAAGGAAAAGUCAGUUUUUGAUAUCCCCAUCUUUACAGAGGAGUUUCUCAACCACAGCAAAGCACGUGAGGCAGAGAUGCGGCAGCUGCGCAAGACCAACAUGGAGUAUGAGGAGCGAAACGCAGCGCUUCAGAAGCAUGUGGAGAGCAUGCGCGGAGCGGUGGAGCGGCUGGAGGCCGAUGUCAUGCAGGAGCGCAGCCGCCACAGUGUGCUGCAGCAGCACCUGGACACCCUGCGGAAGGCCCUGACCACCAGCUUCUCUGACGUGGCCCUACCCGGCAGUGGAGAGACGCCCACCCUGGAUACUAUUGACUCGUACAUGAAGAAGUUGCACAGCAUUAUCCUGGCAAACCCGCAAGAGCAUGAGAGCCUGAUCAACACUGUCAGAGAGGUGGUGAGCAGCCUGGACAGAUAAUUUAUCCCACAGACAAUGUGGAGACUCAAGCAGCAUGCUGUUCCUGUGACUUUUUCUUUUAUAAGCCUCCUCUGAGGUUGUUUUAGUGAGGUCAAGCACCCUCUGUUUAAGGUCCCUUUUUAUUGCCAUAAGUAAGUAUUAGCCCAGUCUGGGGGCCAGAUUCAGUCCAACCCCUUCUACCUUGUGUAACAAAUUUAAGCGAGUGAUGACCUUUGUCUUUCCUUGUACAACCUUGUGAGUUCAGUGGCCGAAGAGAAAGAUUGGUGUAAGAAAUGCAGGAAAGUUAACAUUUACUCAGAGGUGGUACCAAAGGCCAAAAUGCACUGAUCUUAGAUCAAACCUCUUCUGUAAUUUAUUUAUUACUUUAUUUUUGUUUUAAGUUGUUGCUCUCAAUGUAAUUUUUAUAUCUGAAUCUGAAAUCAUCUGAAUCUGAAUUUGCAGACCCCAUUCUCCAAGGAACAGAUACAAAGAGGAAGAAAGACAUCAGAAUGGUCACGUCAUCCAUCAACCUCUGCG